UAGCAGACUACCACACAAUACCUUCUUUUAGGGUUCAGUUCAGACUUCAAACAAUAACAAAUGGAGUUUUAGAAAACACCGGUUGAUAUUACUAUUUGGUACACGAAUUAUACCAACACAACUGAUAUUUUGUAAAAAUUAGCAAAAUUCUCAAUCUCCUAAAAAUGCCAGCUGCUGAUGUAUCCACUAAUUCUUCCACCGAUGGAUGGUACAUCUUGGAAAUCCAAAAAAUGAUGUAUGGAUUUGGCGACAGCAAAUAUUCGCUGAAAGAAACUGCUGAAUUAGUAGAGAAAAUUGUGAAGGAACAACUAAUUCAGUUCCUGAAUGCACUGUCUGAGGUUGCUGUUAAAAUUAACUCAAAGAAAAUUGGUAUCAAAGAAUUUCUAGUCUUACUUAGGCACAGUCCAGUUAAACUGAGAAGAUUUUGCACCUAUUUACAAGCCAGUGGGUUUAAGGAUUUGGCAAAAGAAGAUGAUUUGCCUAAAGACAUAAUGACUGAAUUUUCUGAUCUUCACACUGGAAAUAAAAAACUGAAUUCUGCUCUUGCAUUCCUACAACACCUUGAUCCAUCAUGUUAUCUGUGUAAUGUGGCAGAUCCAUCUAAACCUUUCCUGUUACCUGAUGAUGCCCUCAAGGAACGAAAUGAAAGGAUUGAGAGAAUGACAUUAGCCAUGGAGAAGGGGCAGUACAUUGAAUAUUCUCAAGCCAAAUCUACCUCAUUUAAGAGAGGCCAGCCUUCUGGUAAAUUUCAAGAUUGGUUACUUAAAGAUUCUCCAGCUCCUGAGGUUGCUUUAAGUGCGACAGCUUGGUCUAUUCUCAGUUACUUUGCUUACGAAACCAUCGCACAAAUAGUAGAUCUGGCCUUCAUAGUACGAAGAGACAAUAUGGCUGGGCAAGUGAGUGACGCAGUUCAACGUAACACUGCACCAAGAGUAUCUCCAGCGAAUGCUGAUUUGUUCAAGCCGACAUGGUCAAAUUCGAUGAAACCUCUUCAAACAGCGGAAGUCUCUGAGGCCAUCAGACGGUUCAACAAUACACACAACUCAAUUUUUUCUCCAUUCCGAAGAAAUGGUGUUCCUCCUCCUGGACAUCGACUUCUGGCACUGUAAUUUAAACGUACUGCAAGGGCUUCAAAUUCAAUAUGGCGAAAGCUGCGUCGUAAAUUGUUAAUAUCACUUUCAACAUCCAAAUUCGUGCGUGCAUUGUUGGAUGCGAUCGGUUGUGUUCAUCCUAAAAAUAGGAAACUUUAAUGUAAAAUUGUAUGCAAGAAACCUGAAUAAAGAAUACUCACACAUA